AUGUCAGGUUUCUGGUCUGUUCAGCGUGUAGGUAACAUCCGUGUGUGUUUUGGGGGUGCUUUGUGCUUUGGACCGGACUAUGCAUUCAUGAUUGCAACAAUGCUGCUGAUUGUUGUAUGCUCUCUUCUGUUUUUGAUUUAUACAACUCUGCUGGGUGCGCGUGUUGUUUGCGGGUGUGGUGCCGUGGUGACGCUUGGAUUUAUGUUUCGCUGCGCUACGAUAGAUCCUGGCAUCUGCCCAAAGGACGCUUCCCUGCUGGAGGGCGCGCCCCCCCGCGAAGCCCCAGUGGAGGAGGUCUUCUACGUUGAUGCGCAUGGACGAGAACAACACGCCUCUGUGGAGCGCAAGUGGUGUUACUGCUGCAACAACUACAGGCCUUUGCGUGCCAUUCACUGUCGUUUUUGUGAUGUUUGCAUUGCCCGCCGUGAUCAUCAUUGCCCGUGGGUGGGGACGUGUGUCGGCGAGCGCAACUACAGGUUUUAUUUCCUUUUUUUGUGGUCAACACUGUGCUUGACUCUCACGGUCUUGACGGGCGGGAUAUGGAGCCUUGUAGGGCGAAUGAAGGUGCUCUCGAGGGAAGUGUCGUAUGCGAACAGGAGCGCCUUUCUUGGUGCCCUUGCGGAAACGCAUUAUGUGGAGCCCCUGCUGGUGCUGGUGGCGAUUGUCACGUGCUGCCUUGUCUUUCCCCUGGCUGCCUACCACACGAUGCUUGUCGCACGGAACAUGACAACGGUGGAGGAGAUGCGCGGGGAGAGUGGGCAGGUGCACUACUACGACCGCGGCUACUGCCUGGAGAACAUGAAGGCAUCGCUCUGCGCACCGAUUCCGCCCUCAAACCUCGUCCAAUUAACGCGGCAGUGCACUUCAUCCAUGAAUAUUGUCGUUGAAACAGCAGAGGUGUGA